AUGCCGCUCCUACUCGAGCUGCGACUUGGCUUGAUCGAGCUCGUCCUCACGGCGAUCUGGGUUAUUUUUGCUGCGGGCGCGACACCAGCCGCACUCUGGUCCUGCCUCUCUCAGUGCGCCAACGGCCCGUAUCCGCCGUCCCCACCGCCUGUGGUCGCCGCAUCGCCGCCACCGAUGAUGAUGCCCGGCAUGGAUGCGGCAUCGCCGCCUCCGAUGAGCAUGGGCAUGGACACGUCCCCGCCGCCGAUGGAUAUGGGCAUGGACGCGUCCCCGCCGCCCAUGGGUAUGGGCAUGGACAUGGGCGACAUGGGCGUGGGGAGGCGGCUGAUGGAUAUGGGCAUGGGCAUGUCCAUGGGCGGCGCCGAGCCGGAGCCCGAGCCCGAGCCCAGCGGCUCAAUGUCAAUGGGCGGCAUGGGCGGCAUGGCAUCGGGCUCGAUGUCGAUGAGCAUGUGCCCCCCGCCCACCGUUGUCAUCGUCGAGGGGCUGAUCGCCGGCUUUGCCGCCGCGGUGACCAUGGCCCUCUCGUACAAGGCAGCCCACGCGGGGAUGGAUGGGCACACACUGUGCAGCGGCGGGCACUUCAAUAUGGCGGUCACGCUCGGUCUCGCACUGCGCGGUCUCGUGACGCCCCUCCGGCUGCUCGUUUACGCCGUGGCGCAGCUGACGGGCGCCGCGCUCGGCGGUGCGCUUCUGUACGGCACCUACUCUCACGGCUGCCUCUGGGACGCGUACCACACCACUGCCUACGAGCAGGGUCCGCUCAAGGCCGACGGCCACCGCGUGCUGCUCUCGGCGUUUCUCAGCACUAUCGUCGUCCUCGUGCACAUGUGGGCGGGCCAGAAGCUCGGCAGCAUGGCGUGCCCCAUCCUGAUCGGCUUCACCUACAUCGCCGCGACGAUGAUGUCCAACGCCGCUGCCAACCAGGGCAGCUUCAACCCGCUGCGCGCGUUUGGCGUGGCGAGCUCCGGCGGCAUCGACUGGGACGACGGGCCGCAGUGGAUCGACUGGAUCGGCUCGCUGCUCGGCGCCGCGGCCGCGGCUCUGCUCGACGUUCUCAUCUACGAGCCGCGCCUCUGGCGCUGCGAUGGCGCCGGCCCAGUCGCCACCAAGGAGGUGGAGGACCCGAGGCACGAGCACGUGUCGGAGCCCGAGCCUCGCGCGCCCGCCGCCGGCUCUCCAAAGCCGGCGGCCGAGCCUGCAACCGCAUUCGGGUCGUCAGCAGUGCCGCACGCGCGGAGGGAGGGGCGGCCGCCGCCGCGCAGCGUGACGCCCGAGGAGCGUGCGGCCGCCGCCGAGCUGCUCCGCCAGCGCGCGCGCUCCGCAGCCGCGGCGGCGGCGGCCACCGCCGCCGCCGCCGCUGCCGCCACACCGGUUGACGCGACGACGGCGCCGGCGGUUGCGUUUGGGGUCAGCGCGGCGCGGACAGCUCCGCGGGCGACGCGAGACGCGGAGUCGGCGGCGGUGGCUGCGGGCGCGCCGGCGCGCAAGCCGAGCGCCGACGAGCGCGCCGCGGCGCGCGCGUGGCUGAGCGAGAAGCGAGAGGUGCAGGCGCGGAGGGCAAAGGAGGGCCGGCUGCUGCGAGGCGGGUCCGGCGCGGACGCGGAUCUGGCUGGCGCGGGCGGCGGCGGCGGCGGAGGCGGCGGCGGCGGAGGCGGCGGCGGCGGAGGCGGAGGCAGAGGCGGAGGCAGAGGCGAGGCGGUGGACUUGGCCGCGGAGCUAAACGAGUUGCUCGGCUCGGGUGAAGGGGAAGAGGAGGCGGCGUCGGCCGAGAACGACGAUGGCGGCGACGAUGGAGGAGGAGGCGGCGGCGGCGGCGGAGGAGGCGGAGGCGGAGGCGGAGGCGGCGGCGAGUGUGGAGGGGUGGGGUAUGUCGGUUCGCUGCGCUCUGGGCCUCUGGCGGUGGAAGAGCUCGCUGCCGAGAUGCUGAGGCGCGUGCAGUCCCAGCUACCGCGGCCGGCCGCCGCCGCCGAGGAGGAGGAGGAGGAGGAGGAGGAGGAGGAGGAGGAGAGGGCUGCCGACGAGGAGGGGAGGGCGGCCGAGGAGCUGCUCGCGCGCGCCGAAGCCCGCCGCGGCUCCGCUCUCGCCCCGGCGCCGCUUAGCCCGGCUUCGCGCGGAGGCGUGGGUGCCGCCGCCGCCGCCGCGGCGCCUCCUCUGCUCCGCGAUCCGACGUCGGUGGUGUCCGCCUUGGCCAUCCGGCUCGGACAAGCUGCCGACCCGGCCGCCGGCGCGGCGCUCGUCCAGGCCGCGCAGAGGGAGGCGGCGGCGGCGGCGGAGGCGGCGGCGGCGGCGGUGGCGGCGGUGGCGGCGCGCCGCAGCGAGGGGUUCGCGGGAGACUCGACGAGCGAGGGCGCGACCAAGAUCGCCGAGCUGCGGGCGCACGUCGAGGCGCUCUCCGCCGCGAUCGAGGAGUACCCGCACGGCGGCAGCCCCGCCUCCCCCGCCGCCGCCGGCGAGCGGUCCUCCUCGACUACUCCGCGGUGCGACGAGCCGCCGGGUGAGGCCGACCCGGCGGCGGCGGCGGCGGCGGCGGCGGCGGCGGCGGCGGCGGCGCUCUCCGGCGCCCCUGAAGCGGAGGUUGCUUCGGCGGGAGGCGCGGACUCUCUAGCGUCGGCCGAGCGCCGCUUCGACGCCCUGCAGACGCGCAGGGAGGGCGCGCAGGCGCAGGCGGAGGCGCAGGCGGAGGCGGAGGCGGAGGCGGAGAGGAGGGCGGCGAUCGAGGGCCUCCGCGUCGACCUCGCCGCUCAACGGCGCGAGGCAGAGGCGCGGCGCGGCGCGUGGCCCGGGCCAGAGCAGCGUGGCGCGCCCUCCUCCUGUCCGCCCCCCUUCCUUCCCGCGGCCGCUGUGCCCGCACUCUCCGAGGCGAUGCCGCCCGGCCUCCCCGCCGUGUGGCCGGCCAGCGUGGCGGACGUGCCGCCCGGCUCUCUCGGCGCAUCGGCCGUGUCACCGGUGGCCGUCCCUCCGUCAGUGCCGGUGGGCGGCAGCUUCACCGCGGACGUGGGUGGCUCGCUCCGCCGGGUCGACGUCCCUCCCGACCUCGACCCUUCCUCUGGCGACUUGCGUCUCGUCGUCGUCGCAGCGCCGCCGCCCGCCCCCGCCGAGGCGGGGCAGUGGGUGGUCGAGGCGCCGCCGCACCUGCCCGCCGGCGCGUCCUUCUACGCCAACGUCGGCGGCGCGGCCACUUCCCAGAGCGGCGCGGCGCGGGCCGCCGCCGCAGCGGCGCCCGCCUCCGAGGAGGCGGCGGAGGCGGAGGCGGAGGCGGAGGCGGAGGCGGAGGCGGAGGCGGAGGCGGAGGCGGAGGCGGUUCUCGCCAACAUCACAAACGCUGCCGACGCGCCCGCGCCGACCGCAUUCGGCGGCGGCGACGGCGGCGGUGACGCGGAGGCGCGGAUGGAGGCCUCCGUCACCGCCUCGGCCGCCGCUUCGGCCGCCUCGUCGCCUCGCCGUCCCGCCGUGGACACGGCGGCGCGGGCGACGGCGGUCGCGCAGCAGUACGCCGCGUCGGCCGCGGCCUUUGAGGCGGCCGAGGCGGCAGCGGCGGCCACCGCCGCGGCGGCGGAUCGCGCGGCGGCGGCGCGGAGGGACGCGGAGGCGGCGGCGAACGCCGCUGCGGCGAGCGCGGCGGCGGCGCAGCAGGAGGAGGCUGCGAUGCUGCCGCCCGACCUUUCCGGCUUUGGAUCUGGCGGCGUUGGCGGUGCGGCGGCCGCGUCUGUCGGCGGGUCGGUGGAGGAGGAGGCUGGCGGGGCGGAGGACGAGAUCGACGAGAUCGACGAGAUCGACGAGAUCGACGAGGAGAUUGCGGGCGAGGGCGGCGGCGAGGAGGGCGGCGAGGCCGACAGCGUCGCCGAGGAGAUUGGCGAGAGCGGCGCGGCGCAGGGCGAGGGCGGACAGCCGCCGGCAGCUCGGCUCUCGGAAGCCUCUCGGAAGCUCCCCCCUCCGCAGGCCCCCGUCGACGACGGCCCCACCGAGUCGCUCGUCGCCUCGCUGGUCGCGUCCGGCGUGCUGCUCUCCACCGAGGGCCCCGUCCCCCUCCCCCUCCCCUUCGGCUUCGGCGAGGACGCGCCUUCGGUCGCCUCCGACGUCGCCUCCGCCGCCGGCGCCUCGGACGGCGCCUCCGAGGACCUCGCGCGCGAGAUUGGGGAGGCGAGGCUGCACAGGUCCGAGCAAGACACGGCGGCGCGGGCGACGGCGGUCGCGCAGCAGUACGCCGCGUCGGCCGCGGCCUUUGAGGCGGCCGAGGCGGCAGCGGCGGCCACCGCCGCGGCGGCGGAUCGCGCGGCGGCGGCGCGGAGGGACGCGGAGGCGGCGGCGAACGCCGCUGCGGCGAGCGCGGCGGCGGCGCAGCAGGAGGAGGCUGCGGCGCGGCGCAGCGCGCAGGCUGACGCGGCGUCGCUGGCCGAGGCGCUGAUUCGCGACGCCGUCGAUGAUUCGGCAGCGGUGAUCCGCGCGCGCGCGCAGGCGCAGGCGCAGGCGCAGGCGCAGGCGCAGGCGCAGGCGCAGGCCGCGGCGGAGCUUGCGCCGGCGCAGAGUGCGGCGGUCGGCGCUUCGACGGCCGGUAGCGAGGGGGCUGUGACGGAGGCCCUGCUCGACGACUUGAUCCAGGAGGCGCUGCUGAGCGACCUCCUCUCAGAGGAGGCGCUUGAGACCGCCCUCUCCGCUCUGCUGGCGGAGCACGCCGCAGAGCUGCCCGGGAUGCCCCUCGACGAGGCGGCGCAGCGGAGGAUGAGCGAGGCGGACGUGGCGGACUUGCAGCGGUACGCCGACAGCCGCGUCGCCCUCGAGGAGCGCGAGAUCGAGCACGCCGUCGCCGACCGCAUCCUCGAGGCGCUGCUGCGGGAGGUGGUGAGGGCGUGA